AUGGACCAGCUCAGCAGGACACCGAGCCCGACCCCUGCGUUUCCGCGGCGGCCUGUCGUAAAGAACAUUUUGAAAAGCGUUGAAAGCCAUGUUCGUCUCAUGUCUCACCUUGAGUACACAUCAACAUCCUCUAGCUACACCUCCUUGCGCCUCAAGAACGCACAAACAGAUACGUGGUCCGAGCCGUUUAAUGUCACUCGUGUGCACAGGGCCACUCCAACGGAUAUUUUCUACCAGGAGGUUAUUGCGCCGUGUGUGUCAAACUGUUUGGCAGGACAGAGCUACCUCUUCUUAGUGAGCGCCCCCUGUGAAAGUGGCCGCAGUCAAACCCUGUACGGCAGCCCGCACCAUAGCGAGAAGGGAAUCAUAGAGCUCACCGCAGAGGAGUUGCUGCGGCGUGUGGCGGGUACGGCAGACGGGGACGAAGUUGGAGGGCCUCGCUCGACCGUAACGCAUUCAGCCUUUAUUGCACGUGGAUCUCAGUUGCUGGAGACGGUUAGUGGCGAUCCGGUGCCAGUGGUGGAAUUUCCACCGCCGUUGGGGGCCACAGCGUUGCCACAAAUGCGCCUUCUGGCUUCUGCUCCCAGCGCUGUUCAGAUACCGACGAAGAAGCACAUGGAUACCUCCUGCAUCGUGCAGUUUCAGGUCUACACGCCGGUAGAUACCUUUGGGCGGCGUUCCAUGGCCACGCUAACGUUUGUGGAUGUGGCCGCGUUUCGCCCACCCCACUGCAGUGAAAUUUGUCAUCUUGUGGAGACGGUGCGCCGUGUGGCCGGUCUCUCAAACGCCGGAGAUCCUGGUUUUAAGCAAACAAAGUUGACGACGUUGCUUGAAUCCGCUCUUGUGGGUUACGUGACUCUCAUGUCUAUCACAACCAUCAGUGGUAGACAGAAUUUGCAUGUGGCCGCAUGCGACGCCCUGCGGUUUGCGGAGUCACUUAGCCGCAUCCACCAAGUCCUGAUGCUUGUGCACAUCAACACCCCUAAGUGGUUUUUGGAGACAGCGGAAAAGCUUGAGGAGCUUCGUAUGCAGCGGGAACGCAUUCUCUCGGAACAGCACUCCCGUGGCGUUUAUGAUUUUUACCGUGCCGCCGCCAAGUGGCUGGCGGAGCACGUCAGCGACGUUGACGGUACCUUCGACAAGCUACUCGAGGAGACGGAGGCCGUCCGUCAAGAGGUUGCGCGCGAGGUGGAGGCGCAGAGGGCGGACCUGCGGACACGCAUAAAGGAGGAGCAGCAGGAGUGUGCGGCACAACUGGAGCAAACACGGGCCACCCACGCUGUGACGACGUCGCAGUUAGAGACGGUGAAACGGCUAGACGAGACAAUUGCGGCGCUCGACCAGCAGCUGGCGCAAGGAGACUUCUACAGCGACCACAAAAUCAGUGAGAUGCGCAUUGAGAUUUCCACGCUGGAGAACGAGACGAAUAUGCAUCGCCAGGAGCUCACACAGCUGGAAAAGGAGGAGAAGCUCUACACCAGCAAGUGCCAGGAGGUGGUGGGUGUGCUCGGCAAGUACGCCGAGGAUCUUGUCUGGGCUCAGGCGUACUUUGCACACGCCCUCGAGAUGAGCACCAUCAUCCGGAAGAAGGAAAAACUGGAGGCGGAGCUGGAGCUUGCCUCGUGUGUGGCCCGCCGGGAAACACAAACUCUUCGCGUCGACCGGGAACGCCGUUCAAAGAUGUCGCGCCUGACAAUGAUGCAGCAGAAGGUUGACGCUUUGCGAGACAGAGUGCAUUCUAACAGUAGCAUGAAUAAUGAGGGCAGCAACCAAUCAGAGUGGCACGACCAAUCUGCUUCCGUGUCGCCACGGCGCAGGCGACAACGUUAUGUGAGUCCACGUUAUUCAGCGAUGUAA